AUGGAGCCACUACACCCUUGGUGCUUGUAUAUUAUGAUUCUAAUCUUGGUCCUGCUAGCUCUAGUACUCCUCGAUCUUCAUUGUCUACGGACUCCACCUUGUGCGCCAGGGACAAGGUUGCCGCCGGGACCAUGGCGGCUCCCGGUAAUUGGCACCCUCCACCACCUAAUGACCGUGAAGAACCCACGGCUCGUGCACCGUGCCUUGGCCGUCCUCGCACGCCGCUGGGACGCCCCCGUCAUGUACGUCCGGCUAGGGGAGCUGCACGCCGUCGUCGUCUCGUCGGCCGACGCCGCACGCGAAGUUAUCAGGGAGAACGACACCAACUUCGCCACGCGGACCAUGACCGCGACCGUGAGAGCCACCAUCGGAGACAAGGUGGGGCUCGUCCUGUCUCCGCACGGCGCCAUGUGGCGGAGGCUCCGCAGGAUCUGCACGACGGAGCUUCUGAGCGCAAGGCGCGUUCGAUCCUUCCGCUCCAUCCGGGAGGAUGAGGCCGCGCACCUCGCCCGCGCCAUCGCCAUGGACGCGCGCUCCGCGAUCGCGCCCGGCGAGCGUGAGCGUCAGUUGAUCAACGUCAGCGAGCUGGUAUCUCGGUUGGUGUCCGACACCGUUCUGCGCGCCAUCAUGGGCGAGCGGUUCAGGUGGCGGGACGAGUUCAUGGCCACUCUGGCCAAGGCCAUGACGAGGGGCGCCGAGUUCAGCGCGGGGGACCUGUUCCCGUCGUCGAAGCUCCUGAGAGCCAUUAACGGCACGGUGAGCGAGUCCAAGGCGCUGAACGCCAAGCUGUUCGAGCUGGUGGAUCGCGCCAUCGACCAGCGCCGCGGGAGGAAGGCUGGAGCAGCUGCCGAAGACGGCGCCAACGACGCAUUGCUCGAUGUGCUUCUGCGGUUGCAGGAACACGAUGAUGAUCUCGACUGCCCUCUCACCAUGGCGACCAUAAAAGCUGUCAUCCUGGACAUGUUUGGGACUGGAACCAGUACAACAUCGACAACGAUCCAAUGGGCCAUGUUAGAGCUGAUGAAGAAUCCAAAACUGAUGCGGAAAGUGCAACAAGAGAUCCGCCAUGUCCUGGGAUGCAAGUCGCGGGUAACAGAGGACGACUUGACCAACCUGAAGUGCCUAAAGCUUGUCAUCAAGGAAACACUACGGUUGCACCCAGGAACAUGCGUACUCUUCCCAAAAGCGAGUCAGGAAUGUUGCAAGAUCCUUGGGUAUGAUGUGCCCAAAGGCAUGCUCAUGGUCAUGAAUGUGUGGGCGAUUAACAGGGACCCAAAAUACUGGGAUGAUGCCGAGGUUUUCAAGCCUGAGCGUUUCGAAGGAACUACCGUUGAUUUUCGUGGCACGGACUUCCAGUUCUUGCCGUUCAGUGGAGGAAGAAGGAUGUGCCCCGGCAUAAUGCUGGCGCAUGCCAACAUCGAGUUGGCACUCGCGACACUCCUAUACCACUUCGACUGGCAGCUCCCACCGGGGGUCACACCCGACGAGGUAGACAUGGCUGAGAAAUUUGGUGUCGAUGUUCGCCCAAAGAGGGAUGUUUACCUCUGUCCAGUCCUAGUUAGUUCUGCCACCGAAAAUUGGGUAGUCAUGUCCUAG